AAUUAAAACUGACAUCCACGAUUUUCUUUCCUUUCCUGUCAUUUCCCUCUCUGUUUUCUGUGCAACCAAGCAGUGGAGAUGCAUCCCCCAAAGCUCUUAAAAAAAUUUCUGAAAUCGAACUGAAGCAAUCCUCAGUGAGAGAGAGAAGAAGAGCAGACACUCAGUAUGUAUGUAAAAAUCACCUCUUUGGAGCUGACUAGUGAUGAUCAUAACAAUCAAUUCGUUCCUAAGAUUCAAUCCCAAAUUUUGUCUCACAUUCCUUCACCCAAAACACUACCACAACUCUGUUCUUUCAGAAGAUCAAAAGCUCAUAGCCCUAUUGAAAUCUUGCAAAAAAACCUCUCAACUCUCUCAAAUCCAUGGCUCACUGAUCAAGUCUGGUCUUGACGUUAUACCUUUCACACUGAGCAAGUUUCUUGCAUCUUCAAUAAUGGUAAACAUAGAUUAUUCAGCUUCAAUCUUUAAGCAUAUUCAAAACCCAAAUCUUUUCAUGUUCAAUACAAUGCUUAGAGGCUAUUCAAUUAGUGAUGACUCAAAACAAGCUUUGUUCCUCUUCAAUUACAUGAGGUCUCAAAAUGUUUUGCUAGACCAGUUCUCAUUUAUAUCAACCCUUAAAUCUUGUGCUAGGUUGUGUGCUAUUUGGAUUGGUUUGGGUAUUCAUGCUGUUGUUUUUCAAUCUGGGUUUUGUUUUGUUAAUCUAAACAAUGCCCUUUUGCAAUUUUACUGUGUUUGUGGGGAGAUUGGAGAUGCCCACCAACUGUUUGAUGAAUUUUCUCAAGAAAGUGAUUUGGUUUCUUGGAAUACUUUGAUGGGUGGAUAUCUUCAUGCAAAUCAGACUAUUGUGGUUGUAGAUUUGUUCCGGCAGUUGCGUAGGGCUGGUUUGAGAACUGGUGUCAGCACCGUCUUAAGUGCUUUGACUGCUUUUGGUAAUCUAGGGUUUGUUUUGGGAGGAGAAUCACUUCACGGGUACUCCAUCAAGACUGGGUUUUUGCUAGAUGUGAAUGUGGUUACUGCUUUGAUUUCAAUGUAUGGAAAAAUUGGUUUAAUCGAUUCAGGACGAAGGCUUUUCAAUGAAGUUUCUGUACAUGAUAUUGUCUUAUGGAACUGUUUAAUAGAUGGGUAUGCUAAAAAUGGCUUACUAGAAGAAUCACUUGCUUUACUACAGUUAAUGAAAUGUGAACAACUGAAACCAAAUUCAUCUACACUGGCAGGAUUGUUUUCGGCUUGUGCUGCCUCAGGAGCUCUAGCUUUAGGUCAAUGCGUACAUGACUACGUGGAGGAGGACCGUUUAGUGUUGGAUGAGAUUCUUGGCACGGCUUUGGUAGAUAUGUACUCCAAGUGCGGGUUGUUGAACAAGGGCAUUGAUGUUUUCAAUAGGAUGGAGAGUAAAGACAUAAAAUCUUGGACAGCCAUGAUUUCCGGUUUUGGAAUUCAUGGGCAGGCAAAAAAUGCUGUUGCAUUCUUUCAUCGGAUGGAGGACGAGGGUUUUAUACCUAACGAAGUCACUUUCUUGGCAGUUUUAAGCGCUUGUAGCCACGGAGGGCUGGUGACUGAGGGGACAAGCAUUUUUGAGAGCAUGGUUCGAGACUAUGGCUUGACACCUAAGGCCGAACACUAUGGAUGUGUGAUUGAUCUAUUGGGCCGUGCAGGGUUGCUAGAGGAAGCAUAUAAACUGAUCAAGGGAUUGCCUAGUGAAGGUGAUGCAAUUGCCUGGCGUGCGUUACUUGCAGCGUGUAGGGUUCAUGGGAAUGUUUGUCUGGGGAAAAGUGUGAAGAGAGUGUUGGAGGAAAUUUAUGAUGAACACCCUGCUGAUUCGAUCAUUCUUUCUAGUACUUAUGCAAUUGCAGGGUGGCUGCCAAAUAAUAUGAGCGUGUGGGAGACGAAGGGAGGAGAGAGAAUGAGAGAGGAUGAAUGUAGGGUGAUUGGAAUUAAAGAAGCUGGAUGUAGCACAAUUGAAGUGGAGAGUCAGGGUAGAUAACAGAGCUGGGAUGAUGGAAGGUGGCUGGAUCUUUGGGAAAUUAUUUGAGUCCUUUUAUUGACUUCCAGGACCUUCAAAACAACGUUUUGAAUACUUGGUUGGUAAGAUCAUUCUUUGAACUUGCUUACCAUUUGUUUCAGAGAUUUUUUUCUCUUCAUUUUUUGGCUUUUAGUAUGACAAGAAACUUUUUUUUGUA